AUGCUCUGCCUUGGUCCGCGCGACAAGCCCAUCCGCCUUCCUGACGAGGGCAGUGAGUCCGACUUUGUCCUCGAGGAAGUCUACGCCCUCGACGAGAAGGUGCUCGCGGUCGCUCCGCCUAGCGAGGAAGAGAUGCAGACUCGCCUCAAGGAUCUGCGCCAGGCAAUCGCCGAAGCCAAGCUCGACUGGUACGUCGUGCCGAGCCAGGACGAGCACAUGAGCGAGUACACGGCCGACAGCGACAAGAGGCGCGACUGGAUCUCAGGAUUCGACGGGUCGGCUGGCACCGCCCUAGUACCUAGCGCUGGUAUUGAGGGUGAUGCGCUGCUCUUCGUAGACAGCCGGUACUGGAUCCUGGCCGAGAGGAUGGUUCCAAAGAAGGGGUGGAAGGUCGUGCGUGUUGGCGCGACGGGCGGAAACGGCGACGCCGCUGUCGCAGGCGGUUGGACUGAGUAUGUCUCAAAUGACCUCCCUGACGGGUCUCGUAUUGGCAUCGACCCCAAGCUCAUCAGCGUCGACUUCGCGCGCACUAUCGAGGCCCGUCUCUCUGUUGUCAACACCCGUCUCAUCCCGCUCAACGAGAACCUCGUGGAUGUUGUGCACACACCCGCACCGCGCUCCCUCAACCCACUCGCACAUUACCCCUACACGUUGAGCGGCGAGAAGACCGACGCGAAGCUCAAGCGCAUCCGCGCGCAGCUCACGAAGUACACCCAUUCUGACCAGUGGAUCUACCUCCUCCCAACCAUUACCACCAUCCCGUGGCUGCUGAACUACCGUGGCUCGGAUGUUGAGUACACGCCUGUCGCGUUCGCGUAUUGCGUCAUCACGGCGACUGAUUGCGCACUCUUCGUCGACAAGCGCAAGGUCCAGGGCGACGACGAGAUGUUGGCUGACUUCGAGAACGCCGGAGUCACACUCAAGGCCUACGGCGUUGACGAGGUGCAGAAGUUUGUGCAGGCGUCCGUCAAGGCGGUCGGUGGGAAGAAGGCCCAGAUCUUUGCGGCGCGAACCUCGUCCUGGGCGCUCGCGAAGGCGUGCGAGCCGGCGCACGUCAACACUAUCGCGUGUCCGGUCGAUGAGGCGAAAGUCUUGAAGAACCCCGUGGAGCUUCAGAAUUUCCGUAACGCCUACCUCCGCGACGGGCGUGCGAUGGCUCGCUGGAUGGCGUGGUUGGAGAACCGCCUUGUCAAGGAGGGCAAGGACGUCGGCGAGUGGGCCGCCGCGAUGGUGCUCGCGCGCUACCGCCGACAGGAGGACAUGUACGCUGGCUUGGCGUAUGGCGACAUCUCCGCCACUGGCCCGAAUGCUGCGUCUGGGCACUAUGCGCCCUCGCGCGGCAAUGAGGCUCAGAUCGACAUCACCACGCCCUACGUAAUUGACUCGGGCCCUCAGUAUCUUGACGCGACCAUUGACACAACCCGUACUCUCUUUAUGGGCAAGGACGCCUCGGCCGACCUGAAGCGCCAGUACACCCGCGUACUGCAGGGCUACCUUGCCGUGGCUAACGCGACGUUCCCGCUCGGCGCCGACGCCUCGGGCCUAAACGCCUUCUCGCGCAAGCACCUGUGGGAGGACGGACUCGACUUCGGGCAUGGCUUGGGCCACGGCGUAGCAAACUACGGCACAGUGCACGAGUUCCCGACAGGUUUCGUGCACGGCUUCUCCUACAAGCCGGGGCACGUCACCACCAUCGAACCUGGAUUUUACCUCGAGGGAAAGUACGGGAUGCGCAUCGAGAGCACGUUCAUUUGCAAGGAAGUCGAGACGCAGUUCGAGUUCGCCACCAAGUGGCUUGGCUUUGAGUGCGUGACGCGCGUGCCCAUCGACAACCGUCUGGUCGACUGGAACCUCCUGACCAAGGACGAGAUCAAGUCGCUCAACGAAUACAACAAGAUGGUCGAGGAUGCGCUGUUGCCGCUUCUCGACGACGACCUGGACAAGGAUGCGCGCGACUGGGUCAAGAAGAUGUGCAAGCCGCACUUUAUCUGGCCAUGGACGGCAUCCAUGGGUCUCUUUGACGACUAUCUCACCUUUACGACACCAGUCGGUCAAUCAGCCCUCCCACCACCGGGUACCCACCUACUUGUGACAGACGCGUUGACUGCGAGCGCGAAUGUUGUCCUCUACCAUCUGUUCAUGAGCGCAAGCGCGGCCAGAGUUCCAAUCAUUUGGGUCGACUUUCGACAUGAAACUCUCGCGUCGUUCGACACCGUCCUCCGCCGCCUCGGAUCCCCCCUCAAGAGGGUGACGUACAUCUCACCCUCUCCCCUGCCGCCCUCCCUCAAUCUUCCAUCAAAUCCUUCCUCUCCGCAACCGGCCCUCUUCAACCCAGAGCCAACACUGGCGCCAACCGUCGCGGUAGUGCGUACGGCCCUCCAAUCCUCCUCCAAUGCGCUGGUGGUACUAGACGGCUUAUCCGAGUUGCUCGACAUGGGCUUCUCUGCCACUCUCAUCACACAAGCCGUACGUGCACUCCUCUCCGACGCACGCGCUGUCGGGGGAUGUGUCGUCUCAACAGCACACGAGAACGAGGAACUCACCCGCCCCCUCCUCCGCCUCGGCCCAUGGUGGCGCGUCUCGGGAUUGACGCCACGCUCGGGCGAGGUCAGCGGCGAAAUCAGCGCAAUUCCGGGAGAGUGUGGGCCAGCCGUGAGCAGGGACAAGGCGGUCCAGUUCCGUCUUGAGCCUGCUGCCGUACGCGUUUUCCCCAAGGGCACCGGAAGAGGAUAUCUCUAG